UUAAAUUUAUUUUAAUUGUGAUGUAUUUUUUUAUUAUAUUAUUGUUAUCAUUGUUGUUAAAUAAACCAUUUAUUGGUGAAGCGGGUAAAAUACAAACCGUUUCGUCAAUGGGUAAUGAUGGCCGGGGACAAGAAACAUCAUUAGUUCAUUCAUUACAAGGCACUUGGAAUGUUACAAACGAUGAUCAUUCUAUUAAUGUUUUUUGCGAUGUUCCCGGUGGAAUAUAUUCCGAUUUAAUGAAAGCCGGUAUUAUUGGAAACAUCUACAAAAACUACAACGAUAUUGAAACAAGAUGGAUAGCGAAAGAAAAUUGGAAUUAUUUUACAAAUUUUUUUGUUUCUGGAGAAAUGCUUGCAAGAAAAGCGAUCUUUUUACUAUUCAAUGGAAUAGAUACAUUUGCAACGAUUACCUUAAAUGGAAAAGAAAUUGGAUAUACGAAAAACAUGUUUCGCCGAUAUCGAUAUAGUGUAAAAGAUUUAUUGCAGAUUGGAAUUAAUAACAUUUCAGUUUAUAUUCACUCGCCAAUUGAAAUAGCAAAUAAAGAAUUUGAAGUAGAAACAAAUCGUCGAGGUGGAGUUCCCGUACAACCUUUAUGCACACCAGCGAAAUAUAAUGGUGAAUGCCAUGUUAAUCAUAUUAGAAAACAACAAGCAUCAUUCAGUUGGGAUUGGGGACCUGCUUUUCCAAGCUCUGGAAUAUGGAAAAUGCCCAUUCUUGAAACUUACGAUGUAGUGAUGAUGAGAGAUAUUGAAGUUCACAUGGAUAGACUGUAUGAGAUGAAACGUUGGGACGUAAAAUUGAUAGUACAUUUAGAAAGUAUACCCAAAAAUAUGAUUUCUGGUUCAUUGGUGUCCAACUUGUUUCAUUAUAAGAAUAAAACUAGAUUUAUUGUAAAUGAAACGAAUAUCGACAAUUAUGAAAUGCCAAAAAGUGGAAGAAUUGCUAUUACACAACAUUUAAUUGUACCUGAUAAUUUUGUGGAAUUAUGGUGGCCGAAUGGUUACGGAUUACAACCCAUGUAUGAUUUAACUGUAUCUUUUAACAGCUCUGAACAUGUUUCCAAAUCUAUAAAAGUUGGAUUCCGAACAAUAAAAUUAAUUGAAAAUCCUCUUGUGAAUUAUGAAGGGUUAACAUUUUAUUUUAAAAUAAACGAUAUACCAAUAUUUAUGAAGGGGUCAAAUUGGAUUCCUUCGAAUAUAUUACCUGAAGCAACACUUUCAGAAGAUGGAGAAAAAAGAAUACGGCGACUGUUAAUGGAUGCAAAAAUUGCCAACAUGAAUAUGUUACGAGUUUGGGGUGGUGGCUUGUAUGAGUCGGAUUACUUUUAUUCUGUUGCUGAUGAGCUGGGUAUACUAAUUUGGCAAGAUUUUAUGUUUGCCUGUUCAAUGUAUCCUGCUAGCGAUUCAUUUUUAAAAAAUGUGGAAAAAGAAAUCGAACAACAAAUUAUCAGACUUCAAUACCAUCCAAGUAUUGCAAUUUGGGCUGGUAAUAAUGAAAAUGAAAUUGCACUCAGAAAUAAUUGGUAUUCAACCGCCUCUAAUUUUAGUCUUUUCAAAGAAGAUUAUGUCAAAUUAUAUGCAGAUGUUAUUAAAACUAAAGUUGAACAAUUAGAUGGCAUGAGACCAUUUGUAGUUUCAAGUCCUGGAAAUGGUAGAAUGAGUGAAUCAGAGGGAUACAUAGCACAGAAUCCUGGCAGUGUACUUUAUGGCGAUGUUCAUGUUUACAAUUACUAUUCAAACGCUUGGUCACCGUCCUCAUAUCCAAAUUUAAGAUUCUCAUCUGAGUAUGGACUUCAAUCAUUGCCAAAUUAUCAAACAUUAGCAGAAGCAACAGAUAAUCCAUCAGGUGAUUUACAAAGAAAUAGUGCUUUUAUGAAGCAUAGGCAACAUUUCAUAUUGAACUAUCUCGUUAUGGACUUACAAAUAUUCUUCCAGUUUCCUACAGAAAAAAUUGAAUUCAAAGAUUACAUUUAUAGAAGUCAAAUUAUCCAAGCUGUUGCCAUGAAAGUAGAAACUGAAAAGUACAGACAAUUGCGAAAUACACUCUACAACGACAGUACAGGGUUGACCAUGGGAGCUUUAUAUUGGCAAUUAAAUGACGUCUGGCAAGCUCCAUCAUGGUCCAGUAUAGAUUUUGCUGGUCGUUGGAAAAUGUUACAUUAUUACGCCAAAAAUUUUUUUGCACCAAUUUUAAUAUCAGGAAACCUUAACGAUGGUUUAUUAACAGUAUUUAUUUCAUCUGAUGUACCAACUUUACUUGAAGCUUCAAUGACAAUCAUUAUUCAUAAAUAUCAAUUAUUUAAAGAUAUCAACACAAUCACUAAAAAUGUUUCUAUUAUUCCACAAAAGUCUUUAAUUUACUAUCAAAAUGCAUUAAAACCUUUAUUAGGAAAAACUGAUUUAUCUGAAACAAUUAUAAUAUUGAAACUUGCCUGGGACGACGGAUCAGAUCAGCAUAGUAUGGAUAAUUAUGUUCUUACUGGUAACUUUAAAAAAGUGACAAAUGAACCACAUACAACGUGUACGGUAAUAAAAAAGCAAGGUCCUGAUUUUCAACUACUUUUAAGGACUAAUUCGUUUGCACCAUUUGUUUGGCUACAAACCAACAUUACUACUGGUAUCUUCUCAGAUAAUGGAUUUAUGAUGACCAGUACAGAAAAAUACAUUUAUUUCUACGGUAAUAAUCCAGACAUAUCGAAUGAAGAUUUUCAAGCAUCGAUUCGAGUUUCUUCCUUACGUAAUACAACACAACUUAUAUAAUAGAUGAUAAACGAAUUCCAAAAAUUAAAAACUGUAAAUAACGAAAUAAAAUUUGA